CUUUAGCGGAAAAUAUAUUAUGCCAACAACGCGAAGUCAACAAUCACGGAAGCCGAAUACGAAAGUACUGGAUUGACUAUGGAAACUGCGGAAAUACGACUUAGAAACAAUUUGAAAAUGUUGAAACGCCUGGGAGAACAAACGAAAGAUAUAAUCGAGUCGAAAAACGAGCGUAAAUGGCAGCGACAUCAGAGUAAUUUGGAAACGAAAUUAAACGAUACACACGCAUUAAUCACAAGUAUAGUGGAGCUCAAAAUCGCCGAAAACAUCGAGGAAGAAGUGAUCAACGAGUGGAGUAAAGAACAAGAAAGUGCGUUGGAACAUUUUGAGCAUAUGCUGGAUGAACUAGAUAAUAUUUUAACCUUGGGCUUGACUGAGCAAGAAAAGGCGGCGAGAAAACAACAGGAAAUUGACGAGCGAGAGGCGGAGUAG